GCUUACAGCUGAAAAUAUCUAAGUUGAAAAAAGAAAGAUGCUUGGAUGCAGAGAGGCUUGAAGAGUUUUAUACCAAGAACCAGCAGCUCAGAGAACAGCAAAAAGCCCUUCAUGACACUAUCAAGGUUUUAGAAGACAGGUUGAGAGCAGGCCUGUGUGAUCGCUGUGCUGUGACUGAAGAACAUAUGAGAAAGAAGCAACAAGAGUUUGAAAACAUCCGGCAGCAGAAUCUCAAACUCAUCACUGAGCUUAUGAAUGAAAAGAACAACUUGCAGGAUGAAAAUAAAAAAAUAACUGAACAGUUCCAGCAGUUGCAGAAGGAGUUGGAGGAGCGAAGGCAGCAAGCACUGGAAUUAGAAGAAGGUGUUAUCCCAGAUUCUCCAGUUCUGACUUCUACAUUUUCUGUGGUGAGUCGUAUGAGAAGGAAGAAGGAGAACAGGCACGUCCGAUACACGGAGCACGUGCCCCCAGACAUGGAGCUUGCAGACAGCAACAGUGAGUUUGGAAAAAUUCCACUGUAUUCCACACAAGUGAACAGUCACCAUGGAGAAGAGGUACUAGUGGCAGACACCUGUGACCCACAACUCUCCCCUGUACCAAACAAACCAAGGAUGGGAGGCUACUCUGUUCCAAAGCCAUCCUUUAACUUGGCUGCAGUCGUGGCAGAAACAAUUGGACUUGGUGUUCAAGAGGAAUCUGAGUCCCAAAGUGUACUGAGUCCUCCCUGCACUAAUCCUGUUGUGAGCCAGGCCCCAGAGAGCAUGCAGUCUGAAGACUCAAGAAAGCAUCAAGCUUCUGAAGCAAGAAAUGAUGACAACAAUUUAGGUCUUUCAGAUGCAUCUCAGAGCACCCCACCACACGUUGACUGGGAUUCUCAGGCAGCUUCUCCUGUUUUUGGAGCCUCCAGCAGCAUGAAGAACAAGUCAAGCACGAGUCACGCCCCUUGCGUUUUAGAUUCAGGAUUGAAACCCAAUCUUAAACCCAACAUCUUCAACAACCCUGCCUGUUCCAGAUCUCAUAAAAGUCGACCAAAAUCUGAAGAUGUUGCUUUUGUAGCACCACUGAAUCUUGGAACAGAGAUCAGCUCAGUUAUCAGCCAGGCCUCCAGCAACAGGCAGAUGGUGGUGAAGAAGCAGACGAACGAGGCUGUGACCUGUGCUGGGAACGCUUGUGGAGCUAAAAAUGAGGCAGUCAAGAGCGACUUCCUUCUCAUACACCUGAAGCAGCUCGAAGGCAGGUGUGCUAAGAGGAAGAAAGCUGAAGAUGAGCAUGGAAUCAGCUGUGAAAAAACAUCCUUCAACAAGGAGAACGCGGAGCCCUGCCGCCCAGGGGCUCAGCAGCUCAGCGGGGAGCAGGCGGCUGACAAGCCCCUGGACCUCUCCGACCGCUUCGCUGGGACCCGCUGCCAGGAGAGGAGACAGGGAGGUGAGGACACCUGCAGGAACAGACUGAAACAGGUGACUCUGCACGACAUCUUUUCACACCUAGGGAAGCCCCUUCCUGAAGGGUCGGCACCCGUUCAAAACGCCAGCGGUGAGAACUGUUUGCUUGGCAGAGGUUUCCAGGAGGAGUCCUACCUCCCAGAGGCAGUGCUGGGCAAAACCUUCCCAGAUAAGAAAACCCAGAUCCAAAUGAAAGAAGAAGUUCCUCCCUUUAAAAUUGCACCACUGCCAAGUUCUGCAGAGACAGAGCAGCUUUUUGAUGAUGUCAUGGUUGCCAGUGGCCAUGUACCAAAUAGAAAGAAAACAAGGACAGGACAUGGAGAGUCUGAACCAGCAUCUGUGCUUCAACCAAACCCUUGUAGACUAUCAAAAAAUAAAGCACUGCAAAAUGAGCAAGACCUGAAAGAUAAACCUUUAGAAAAUCUGCAGUGGAGCAUGGACCCAGGAGCUGACCUUUCACAGUACAAAAUGGACAUUACUGUGAUUGAUACAAAGGAUGGUUCUCAGUCAAGAGUCAGAGGGGAGGUUGUGGAUAUGGAUUAUACAUAUGUCAGUGAAAGUGUGCUAUUAAAAAUGAAACAGCAGGAGCAAAACCUGGAAAGCAGUCCAAGAGCAGAAAAGAAAAUGCCUGACACCUUAACAGAGAUGUUUGAUCGGACAACUCAUGAAGAGUAUGAGUCCUGCCUGCCAGAAGAUAAUCCUCCAGCAUGUGAUGAGAAAGAGACUCUUCAUGGUGAAGAGCAGGAUAAAGGAAUAACAGCAGCAAGCAAGAAACUGAAGAAACACGAGGACAAGCAAGACAAAGCCAAGCAGAAAGCUUUUGUGGAGCCGUAUUUCAAAAGUGACGAGAGGAAGAAUACUGUGCUAGAUUUCCCUCAUAUUGAGGUUAUUCGAAAAAAAGAAGAAAGAAGGAAAUUGCUUGGCCAUACUUGUAAAGAAUGUGAAAUAUAUUAUGCAGACAUUCCAGAAGAAGAGAGAGAAAAGAAACUGGCUUCCUGUUCCAGACACAGGUUUCGCUACAUUCCCCCAAACACUCCUGAAAACUUCUGGGAGGUUGGAUUUCCUUCUACCCAAACUUGUGUGGAAAGAGGGUAUAUCAAAGAGGAUCUUGCCCCCUGCCAACGCCCAAAACGCCGCCAGCCUUACGCCGUCAUGUUUUCCCCAAAAGGCAAAGAGCAGAAGACAUAAAGGAUGGGGCAGUCAGGCACAGCAACUUGAAGAGCAUCCUCCCUGUCCUUAGAUAUUUAUAGUUAAUAUAAACUUGAAAUAAAGAAC